AUGAACCCGAACCUGGAGAACCUGACAAUGGGUGACCAGAACGCUGCUGUGCAGGCCCUGACUCAAAAUGCUUCGAUAGAAGCAAAUGGACAGAGACACCGGAAUGGAAUCCACCCCAACCAGAAUGCACAGAUCAUCAGAGGACGCGUGGAACCUGGUGCCUACAGAAGAAAAUAUAGCAGGGGGCAAUAUAAUAAUAGCCCCUUCACUGGGGAGAUUUUGAAUGCUUCCUUCCCAGAAGAUUUUGAUUCGGUGCGAUUGCCGAAAUAUGAUGGAAGUCAAGACCCACAGGUCCACAUCGAUGCUUUUGAUACGGACAUGUACAUCCGAGGGAUACAUGAGUCCCUCAUAUCUUGGAUAUUUUCCAUAACUUUGACUGGGGCUGCACAUGCUGUUACAGAUGAGCUCCUCAUAUCUCGGAUAUUUGCCAUAACUCUGACUGGGGCUGCGCAGGUAUGGUUCUCUACCUUACCUGCCAACUCCAUUGGGUCCUUUGAGGAAUUUGGGGAGAAGUUCCUCUUAAAUUUUGCGACAAGCAAGAAACAUCCCAAAUUCGAGUUCGCAAUUGGAAAGAUACGUCAACAACCCGGAGAAACUCUCCAAACAUACGUCAACCGAUUCAAGGAUGCUGCAUUGCAGGUACCAGGUUUACAAGAGAAUGAACACGUACAUCUCAUUGUGGUUGGCUUGGAUGGAGCAUCCAGGCUAGCUAAGUCCGUUUAUAAAGACCCAGUGAGGACGUUGGAUGAAUUCAGAACCCGUUCAAAGAAGUACCUCGAACUCGAGCAAAUGGAGAUUGCAAAUGCGCAAUUUGAAGAAGGUAAAAGAAUUAGCCCGAGAAGGAGGAACCCGAUCCUGAAAGAAAAAGAGCGAACUGGUAAUAAGAAGAAAGACUCUAAAACCAGAAUCCCAGAUGGCUGGGACCGGAUUGGAAGAUACGAGAAAUACACACCGUUGAAUGCUUCACGCUCUCAAAUCUGGAGGGAAGUGGCAAUGACGGAGAUGAAGAAAGUAGAAAGACCCUGGCCCAUAUUCGACAGAGGAGGUUUGGAUAAGUCCAAGUAUUGUGCUUUCCAUGAUGGGCCGGUUCACACCACUGAUCAAUGCUAG